AUGUGCUGCUACGUGGGCAAGGCCACCAAGAUCUUCAUGUGCCUGGUGGCGGCGCUCCUCGUCACGGGCCUCAUCCUCGGCUUCGGCCUGGCUCGCCACAGGGCCCAGCAGCAGCAGCCGGACUGCCGCUGGCCCGACUGCCAGCAGCAGCAGGGCCUCGCGUACGGCGGCGACCCGCUCCUCCCGGCCACCGCCACCACGCCACCCAACCCGCUCACGCAGCCGGCCGUAGCCGCGUUUCCCGGUGCCACCCCGGCGUCAUCGUCCUCGUCGUCCGCCGGCGCCGCCGCGCCGCCCACGGGCGUGCCGUACUUUGGGCCGCCUGGCCCGUUCGUCGUGGGCCUCGGCCCAGCCGCUCAUGCUAAGCAGAUAUCCGACAAGACAGAUUCAGCACACAUGCUUCCAAGCAGUAUGGACAUUAUUGACUUAAGUUCAGAUAGCGAGGAUGGGAUCAUUGACCUGUCUUCUGACAGUGAAGAAAACACUCCUUUUCUCCCUUACAGAGAAGAGGACGUGAACUAUGAUGAUCCUUUUCGCCUGUCUUUUUUUCCUCACAACACAGCACCUGACUGGAAUAGCAUGGAAGAAUUCGAUGAUUGGCGCGUGGUCGCAAAGAAAGAAUACGAUGACUGGUUUAGUACAAAUGCUUCAUCCUCUUAUAGCCCUGUUGAGGAUAUAUCAACCACUGAGGUGAACAAUAAGCUUCCACAAUCUUUCACCUACGGAAGCUUCGUUCCUCAAUCAUUUGCACCCAGCCAUUCAAGUUUAGGUGACAACAGGAUCAAGGAAGAGCCCUCUAUGACGUUUAGUGGUUUUCAAAGAUGCUCUGCCAGUGGAAACGGGAUACCUUCAUCUACAGUGCCAAUAGAUGAUAUCUUAGUAUAUGGAGGUCCACGUCAACAUCGGAUCUUCCCUCCGCCAAUGCCAUCUUCUGUUAAUGAUACAAAAGUUGAAAAUGAUGUAGAACAAAGGCUUUUCGGUUCUGAUGAGAGAGCUGUAUACAAAGAAGCCCUGAAGCAUAUCACUCACGAAACGAAGGAGGAAGAUCUGCCCAAAGGUGUUAUGUCAGUUUUACUGCUUAAGCAUCAGAAAAUAGCAUUGGCAUGGAUGCUUUCGAAGGAGAAUAGUUCACAUUGUCCAGGUGGAAUUUUGGCAGAUGAUCAGGGUCUUGGGAAGACAAUAUCAACGAUCGCCCUUAUACUGAAGGAGAUGGUUAAGCAGUCUAGGUUCAUGACUGCUGGUUCAUACAGUACAAAAUUUGUCCCAAACAGUGAUUACGACAAUGACGAUGAUGUUGUGAUUGUCAUGGCCAAGAAAGAACCAAAGGAUGAACCCUUGAAUGAGCUAGAUGAUUCUGCACGAUUGCAUGUUGCCAGCAGUCUUAAGCUCUGUGAUAGUAAGUCAAACACUGCUACUCAUAAAGCUGAACCUUAUGACAAUGACAAUGUUGUGAUUGUCAUGGCCAAGAAAGAACUGAAGGAUGAACCCUUGAAUGAGCUGGAUGAUUCUGCACGAUUGCAUGUUGCCAGCAGUCUUAAGCUCUGUGGUAGCAAGUCAAACACUGCUACUGAUAAAGCUGAACCUAAGAAGAAGACCAGAGUGAGGUACUCUGCAUCAAACUUGAGGUCCAAGACUAGACCAGCUGCAGGAACAUUGGUCGUGUGCCCUGCUAGUGUUCUUAGGCAGUGGGCUAAUGAGCUCUCUGUGAAGGUUAUGGAAGACAAUAAAUUGUCAGUCUUGGUUUAUCAUGGAAGUUCAAGGACUAAAGAUCCUAAUGAGUUGGCAACAUAUGAUGUUGUUGUCACCACGUACAUGACUGUGGCCAAUGAAGUACCUAAAGAAAACUCUAAUGAUGAGCAAAAGGACAGUGAAUUGGAUGGAAUAUGUCCAGAAGUUUCCAUCGGCAGCAAAAGAAAAAGGCAGAGCAAGCCAAAGAAGAAAAACAAACCUAUGAAUUUAGAAGGUGGCCCACUUGCCAGGGUACGAUGGUUCAGAGUUGUGCUUGAUGAAGCUCAAACAAUAAAAAACUACUGGACUCAAGUCUCUAGAGCUUGUUGUGGACUGAGGGCAGAAAGGAGAUGGUGCUUAUCAGGAACACCUAUACAAAAUAAAAUUGAUGAUCUGUAUAGCUAUUUCUGUUUCUUGAAAUAUGAACCUUACUCUAAAUUUAGUAAUUUCAAAAAUAUGAUCAAGCACCAAAUUACUAGAGAUUCAGUUCGUGGCUAUAAGAAACUUCAAGCUAUCUUGAGGAUAAUUCUACUGCGGCGCACAAAAGAAAUACUUAUAGAUGGAGAACCAAUCUUAAAGCUGCCACCAAAGACAAUUCAGCUGAGUAAAAUAGAUUUCACCCAAGAGGAGCGAGCUUUCUACUUGGCACUUGAAGAAGGCUCUCGGCAGAAGUUCAAGGCAUAUGAUGCAGCUGGGACGAUAAGGGAAAAUUAUGCAAACAUUCUUGUGUUGUUGUUGCGGCUUAGGCAGGCUUGUGAUCACCCUCUUCUUUUGAACGGACAGGAAUCAGAUCUGAUUGACGGCAAUUCUAUAGAAAGGGCAAAGCAACUUCCUAAGGAAACAGUGACAAAUUUGCUUGAAAAGUUGGAAAGAGGUCCGGCAAUUUGUUCCAUAUGCAAUGAUCCACCUGAGGAUGCUGUUGUCACGACAUGUGGUCAUGUUUUCUGCUAUCAGUGUGUACAUGAGAGCUUAACAAGUGAUGGACAUGUCUGCCCCUAUGCACUUUGUGGAAAGAAACUAAGUUUUCGAUCUGUUUUUACACCAGCUGUAUUAAAACUCUGUACUUCGCCAAAGUUGGAGUUUGAUGAAAAACCUAGUUGUUCCACAGCAGCGGACAAGUCAUCCUCAAUCUGUGAAAGCAGUUACAUCUCCUCGAAGAUCCGGGCAGCAGUGGAAAUACUUAACUCAAUCAUGAAGACACCUGCCCUUACAGCGGGGGAUACUACUGAAUCAAUUCCCAGCAUGGCACUCCCUGUUAAGGCAAUAGUCUUCUCCCAGUGGACUGGCAUGUUGGAUUUGCUGCAGCUUUCACUGAACAGCAAUGAUAUACAAUUUAGGAGGCUAGAUGGAUCCAUGUGUCUCAACUUGAGAGAACAAGAAGUGAACGAGUUUAAAACUGAUCCCAAGGUAAGAGUAAUGCUUAUGUCACUGAAGGCUGGCAAUCUUGGUUUAAACAUGGUAGCUGCUUGCCAUGUGAUUAUGCUUGAUCCUUGGUGGAAUCCUUACGUUGAGGACCAGGCAGUUGACAGAGCACACAGGAUUGGUCAGACCCGUCCUGUUACUGUUUCACGGUUCACAGUUAAAGACACGGUGGAAGACCGCAUUUUAGCUCUGCAGGAGAAAAAGAGAAAGAUUGUGGAAUCCGCAUUUGGCGAGGAUGGUUCCAGAGGCACUGCUACUAAAUUGACGGUAGAAGAUCUCAGAUACCUCUUCAUGGUGUGA